GAUUGAUCAUGAAACGACUAAUAUAGUAAAUUGUAAAGAUUUAUUAGCCAUAACAAAAUUAUAAAUCUCGAAAUUUAAAAUUAGGAUAAAAAUAACGCAAAAAAAACUUGUUGAAAGCUUCAUAUAUUCCAUUGAAAGAUGAAUGCCUUUCUUGCUUUUUCUUAUAUUACUUGGAUUUCCGCAAGAGCUUGUGCUUGUGGGUGCGUUUGAUACAAUAAACAUUAAUAUAGUACAUAAGAACAUGUAUGACAGUACAUGAGUGAUAGUGCAGUAGCGAGUGAUAGUGUUUCCAUUAAAAAAAUGGAAUUUGAGUUAAGAAAUUACCAAUAGCUUUGGAAUUAUAUUCUUUGUCAUAAACUGUCCUUGUCUAGGCUGCCCCUUUCUUCCCUGCAUUCUUUUUAUAUUAAGGUUGAAAAUGUGGUUGAACAUUCAGGCCAGAAUUUUCUACACCACAAAACGUAUACCAUGAAGGGAUUAUUAGUGAUAUUUUUAUGUUUUUUGAGGUAUUCUCUACAGAAAUGUACACCAGAAGACGAUCACUACGUAGCGGCCGUCGUCGAGUUCCCGAUAAGUACAAAUGUCACGAACAAUCUAAAGCAAUACGUAAAUAUUAUUAAAAAAGCAGCUAAAAAGAAUGCUGACAUCAUUGUAUUCCCAGAGAGGACUCUGACUGGUGUCUACGUAUCAGUGUCUAUACCUAUAUAUGGGCUACUAAAGAAAUAUCCUAUUCCAGCGGCACAUCCAGAUAAAUAUGACAAUAUCCUAGUGAAGUUGUCGUCAGCAGCUAAAAAAAACGGAAUCUAUGUGGUGGCAAAUGUGAAAGAAGUUUUAGACUGUACGCAACCGCAACAAGGUGAACAAUGUCCUGGAAAAAGGAAGUACUUCUAUAGCACCAACAUAGUGUUUGAUAGAAAAGGAGCCCUUUUUGUCAGGUACCGCAAAAUCGAGAUAUUCGGUGAGCCAUUCUUUACAAGCUACAGAGGAAAAGAUAACAUGGCAAUUUUCGACACUGACUUUGGCGUUAAAUUUGCGAACUUCAUUGAACUAGACAUCAUUUUCCAAGUGCCGCAAAUGAAGUGGAUAGCUGAACGAAAAGUGACCGAUGUUGUUUACCCAGCGUUGUGGUACUCUGAACAGCCAUAUCUUAACGCUGCUCAAGUACAGACAACCAUUUCGUAUGGUUUAAACUUGAACCUGCUAGCAGCGGGCGCAAACGCUUGGGAGGAUAAGGGCGCUGGAGGCUCUGGAAUAUUUUCGGGCAAGGCCGGCGCAUUAACCAGUGUCGUAAGGAAAGUGACGUCAUAUCGUUUGCUAGUUGCUCAAGUGCCUAAAAUACCCGGUGAUGUGAAGCAGACGUACCCAGGGCCUUUAGAAUCAGAACCGUCAGAGUUGGAUAGCAUGAUAACCUUGACUGACACCUCUAUCGACACCUUCCUUACCAAGCCCUUGGAGCCAGGGUACCAGGAAUUUACGCUGGAUUAUCAAGAUGUGUCUUGUUCCUUCACCGUAAACAUUACUCUCGGAAGUGGAGAAGAGUAUUACAGAUACAGAGCGGCAGCAUUCAGCGGAGUGAGAAAGCUUGUUGUCGAUAUCACUGGAGGUGUGAGGACUUGCUCUAUCAUCUCGUGUACAGAUGAUGGUAUCUAUUCGUGUGCUAAGCGUUUCCCGACGUAUUCCGAAGACUCGAUCGCGGAGUUCAGCGAAUUAAAAAUAGUCGGCACAGUGCCUACACCCGGCAAGUAUCCAACGACACAUGCAGAAGACGGCACAUUCCACAUCACAUCCCUGAAGACUUCGCACACAGCCCUACAAGCCGACGACGUGGACUACAAGCAACAAGUCCAAGGCAGUCAAUCAGUAUACACGAUGUCACUGAAGAAUUUAGAAAGUCAGUUGUACACGUUCGGAUUUUAUGGAAGGAAAUUUACAGAUGAUGGGAAGCCGGUGACUUCGACUUUAGCUGAAAACAUAGUGACGAAAACGAACAUGUGGGAAGAGUGAGAUAUGUUAAAAAUGCACUCGUCAUGUUCCGAGGAUAGAUGAACGAGAUUUAUUUAUACGCAAGAACUAAUUAACUUCGGCUAAGGAAUAUGUUGGGUACUUUUAUAUUUCUGUAAAUUACUUAACUAAUAAAUAUAUGAAACAAAAGUA